CGUUAUCUCAUUCUUUUUUGCACCUCAUAUCUUGUGUUCUAUUACCUUCGCUUCUCUACAGCUGUGCUGUUGUUCUUUCGCUCCUUAACCAACACUUUAACUCCUAUCUUGUUUGCCAAUUAACAAAGACAACUCAAAAUACCGCUAGCAUGAAGUUUUCUCUUAUCCUUAUUACCCUUGCUGCUGUCGCCUCAGCCGCGCCUGGCAACGCAGUGCAGAAGCGCGCCAGGGUCUUUACGGACAAGACCUUUGACGAGUUGAGCAUCAGCGGCGGCAAAGCCGGUACAGCUAAGGCUGACGCCGAGGCAAAGCUCGCUGGCCUGCCGAAGGACCCAGCGCAACUAGCACUUGUUGAUAAGCUUGACCUCAGCUUUCUCAGCCAUGUAAAUCAAAUUUGCAACCAGGCUGAGAUUAGCGGCUAUACGAAGACAAUCGCGGGAUUGGCUCCUGGAGAGGAUGUUCUUGCUAUUGAGCGCGGCAAGAUCCAGAACAAGGUUCUCAAGCUCACAGCUACCGUCUUCGCUUUGCAGGUACAGCAGACGAAGGGCGAUAACGUUACGGCGAGGCUCGAGGAGGAGACCAAGAAGCUCGAGAAGAACAUUGCCUUGGACGUCGCCGAAGCCGGCAAGCCCGCUACGGGUCUCAAGUUCGACGCUAACACAGCCGCGGCGGACGCGACUAAAGUUGAAAAGGAUGAGGUGUUGAUUGCUAAGGCGGACGAAGUUAUUAAUAAGUCCCAGGAGCUUGCUGGGGCAGGUGCUAAGGGUAAAGCUUAGGGCAAGAACAAUGGUGACAGUAACAAUAAGAGUAGGAGUGAGUAGUAAUGUUAGGGGAAUGGAUAGAUGGUCAAGUUUCUAGACAAGAUAAUGUCGCCU